AUGUCAAGACUAGCGCCAUUUCGGUUCCUGGAUCUUCCAAAAGAGCUGCGAUUCAUAAUUUACGAAAACCUCUCAAUCUCGACCAAGGAAUGUCGGCUGCUGCCCUCCGAGUCUGGCUUCCACAUCGAACAACAAUCAACAAAGUUGCACAACAGUCAGCCCGCCAUCACUAUCAGCCUCCUCACUCUGCCCGUCCAAAUUCUCUCAACAUGCACACUCAUCCACUCGGAAGCAGUCCCCUUCCUCUCACGAAAACUAGACAAGAUUAGCGAAACCAUCCCGAAAAUCAUCAUAGACGCAGAGUGCCUCUACACAUUCGCCUUUCACAGCACGCAGGACCUGCUCCACGCCAUUCUGGACAAUCUAAACCAGCACCCCUUCUUCGCCCGCGGACCCGCAACCACCUCCUCAGCACCGAAAGAAACAGAGCCACGCCCGCAGUACCCCCAACAAGUCCACCAAUGGCUCGUCCAAACAUCACACCUCCUGCUCUCCCAGCCGCCCACCCUCAGCCCCCUUUCAGGCUUCAUGGGCACACGCACCUACCCCACCGUGCGGCUCGUGAUUGAAGUGCCCAGAGUCUGGAGAAACUGCGCGUACCGCGGUCUCGCUAUCGAGCCGCGAGUGCACGAUGGAACGCAGCCGCUGUAUUCGGCGAGUGUUACGAGUCGGUUGAGCGAGGUGUACAGCGGGUUGGCGGAAUAUACAAAGGGGCUCAAGCACGUCAAGAGCGCGGCGAUUGUGUUUGCGCAGGAGGAUGAGAGGGUGUUGACGCGGGAGGGGUUGGUGGUUAGGAAGACUGCGGCGUUGGAUUUUGGGAUAUGUAGGAUGGGGUAG